AUGGGAUCGUUUUUGUUUGAUACCGCUCCAUGCGGGAAGCCAAACAUCGAAAUCGAGGACAUCCCAGAACUGAAGGCAUUGGUGAGCGUGGUCAACGAGCGGUUCAGCAUCUUCGAAAAUAUUGGCAGCUUCGAAUCGAUGCUACGCACGAUGGUCCAGAUGCUGCGAUUCAUCAGAAAAAAGCCGAAACAACCCUGCACAUUUCGGGCGAAUGUGUAUCACGUGCUGGAACUCAACGAUGCUUUGGUGAAAUUGGUGAAGCUAGUUCAAGAAGAAGUUUUCUCUGACGUCAUCGAAAAACUUCGCAACGGCAAGUCAAUUCCCCGAGACAGUCAUCUGCUAACUCUCGGACCAUAUCUCGACGACGACGGUGUGAUGCGAGUUCGUGGACGACUUCAAAAGGCGCAGAUUCCCGAGGACUUGAAGAACCAAAUGAUCCUCCCGGCAGACCAUCCGUUCACAGUAGCAUUGAUAAGAUCGUAUCACAUCAAGUACCUCCACGCAGGACCUCGUCUUACCAUAGAAGCUCUACGCCAAAAGUUCUGGAUUGUACGAGGACAAAACAUAGUGAAGAAAGUGAUUCGCCAAUGUACCAAGUGCUUCAGACGAAACCCGAAAAUUUUGAGUCAACCUGUUAGCGAGCUUCCUGUCUGUCGAGUCGAGCAAAAUUAUCCUUUCUACAACACCGGAGUAGACUUCGCAGGGCCUGUAAGUCUACAGCAGCGAAACAGAAGAUCGACGGUCACGUACAAGGGCUACAUCGCUGUGUUUAUUUGCAUGGCGACUCGGGCGAUCCAUUUGGAACUGGUCGGGGACCUGACAUCCGAGGCGUUUAUUGGGGCUCUCCAAAGAUUUGUCGGACGACGAGAGCUGCGAAAGUUGUUUUGCGACGAACAGCACCAACAAUCCCUGGUCAACUACUGCAGCGAAGAGGGCAUCUCUUGGCACUUCCAGCCACCUUACUCUCCUAACUUUGGUGGCAGCUGGGAGUCUGGUGUAAAAUCUAUGAAAACGCACCUACGAGCAGUGUUGGGCAACGCAGUUCUAACCUACGAAGAGAUGUCGACGGUGCUGGCGCGGAUCGAGGGGGCCCUCAACUCGCGCCCAUUGUGUCCUCAAUCAACCGAUCCGGGUGACCUGACCGUUCUCACCCCGGGUCAUUUCCUGAUCUUCCGACCAUUGAAGGACCUACCAGAGCCCGAUUUCCAGAAGACGAAGACAUCCCUGAUGAAAAGGUGGCAACACGUGUCGAGACUUGUUCGACACUUCUGGCAGCGAUGGCACAUCAACUACUUGACCCAACUGCAGAACCGAACCAAACUGGAUCAAGCGAAGAACAUCGAACCUGGACAGGUAGUUGUGGUUCGCGACGAGAAUCUUCCACCCCAAAGGUGGAUCCUUGGCCGAAUAGUCGAAACCUUCCCAGGACCGGACGGUAUAGUACGAGUUGCUGACAUCCGGACCCAAGACGGCAUAACUCGACGAUCGAUUUCGAGAUUGUGUAUGUUGCCAAUCCAGGACAAUUUGGUGACACUACACACAACCAUCAAGACUGGGUCCCAGAACGUUUGA